CUACUCUUUGGGCAGGCUGCAUAAAAGAAAAGCAUCUUGUUAGAAAUCUGCACAUCUGACAACAUGAACAUCUACAGACUGGCGGGCGACAUCUCGCACUUAAUGGCGAUCAUCAUUUUGUUUGUCAAGAUAUGGAGAUCAAAAUCGUGUGCGGGGAUCUCUGGGAAGAGUCAGGUGCUUUUUGCUUUCGUCUUCACCACACGUUAUCUGGACCUGUUUACCAGUUUUAUCUCCAUCUACAACUCCGUAAUAAAGGUUGUGUUUUUGAUUUUGUCGUACGCUACAGUCUACCUCAUCUACAUACGAUUCAGAGAAUCCUACGACAAGGAAAACGAUACUUUCCGUUUGGAGUUUCUUCUGAUACCUGUUGUGGGGUUAUCAUUCUUGGAGAAUCAUGACUUCAGUCCUCUGGAGAUUCUGUGGACCUUCUCGAUCUACCUGGAGUCGGUGGCCAUUCUUCCACAGCUCUUCAUGAUCUCCAAGACUGGAGAGGCCGAGUCCAUCACUACUCACUACCUCUUUCUCCUGGGUCUCUACCGGGCUCUCUAUCUGGUGAACUGGAUGUGGCGCUACUAUAUGGAAGGCUUCCUGGACCUGAUUGCAGUGGUGUCUGGCGUGGUGCACACCAUCUUCUGCUGGGGGGGGUGGGUUUGGAGACUCAUGCCCCCUAGUAUUACAUAAUUAUAAAGAGCCACGGACCCUUCUCUAGUCUGUUUGUUGUUCCCCAUGAGAAGACACUGCAGAUACUGGCAGCAAGGAUGUAUUCAAGAAUGGCAGCAAUCUGGCGUCUUAUCAGAUGGCCCACCACAAUCUUAUAAACUGUAAUACUGUAGAAUGACUAGAAGGGGUCUCCAGGACUGUGACUGUGUCUGACAUCGUCUGUUAUAAGUGAGUGUGGACCCUCCAGAGGUUUAUAUAAAGUGCAAUAUAAAUAAAAUUUAUUAUUAUUAUUAUUAUUAUUUUCUCCAGGGAUCCUGCUGACCAAAGAUUUUCUUUUCCUUUCUUCUAUUCAAUUGGCCGUAUCUCAGGAUUAUUACUGUACAGAUAUUGUUAGGAUUCGUUUACAUUAAUUAAUGUGAAACUACUUUGUGUUUGAACAAGUCUAUUUUUUAUGUGUGUAUACUGUAUGUUUUUUUUUUUUUAAAUAGGAAUGUAUUUUAGCUGUAAAUGUUUUCCAGCAUUCUAAGCCUGCAGUCAAUGAAGAGCAGGGCCGCUAUACAAAUACGAAAUGAAACGGACUGAGUUCACACACAGCGACACCCAUUCACAUGGCACCAAAAUGAGAAAUGCAGCCUGAUCUGCUGUGUAUCCAGGACUGGCACACAGGUGCAAAAAAAUGCUGUUUCUGCCUUUGUACUUUUAUCAUUUAAUAUUUUUUAAGUAGUAUCCAUACAGUCCUUGCAAAGUAGCUUUCCAUGAAAUCUGUCACUUGGGAGUGCCUGACAUUUUGCAAAACAACAAUAGACUGAGAUGCUUCUUGAGAAAGCCUUUUUGUUUGGGCCAUUUUUAAGAACCCAGAAUUCAGUUUUAGGGAUACCAGGACUAUGCAACCCAAUUGACUUGCGUUAUUCAACACAAUAACAGGUUUAAGCAGCGUUAAUAAAACUGUAUCUUUGAUUUUAAUUUGUUUAAUUUCUGUCAAAAUCUCUCAUUUGUUUAAUUUUGCUGAAUUUAGCUUAUAAUAAAAUUAUUUUAAAUUA